AUGCUGAGUGAACCGAACGCGACCAACAGCGACAGUAACAAAAACGCGCCGAUACCGUCAUCGUCGUCGUCUGAAAGCCUUUCGGCCGGCUACAAUCGGUGUCGAGUGUGCGAGCGCACCUACGAUGGUUCGCAACACUUCGGAAUUGAUAUUUGUCGCGCUUGCGCCGCUUUCUUCCGACGAUCCGUUCACGUCAAGAAGACGUUUGUAUGCCGAAGAGGGGCGAAUAAAUGCCGAUUGGAUACCCCUCGAAAAGUGACAUGCCAGAAAUGCCGAUGGGUUCGUUGCCUUCAAGUCGGCCUCCACACCGAUUUGGUGUCGAGCGGGCAGAGAUCAUCGCCGUCGAAACCCGAGUGCGACGACGAGACGCCAUAUGAGUCGGAGGAUAGCAGUUCGACGGAAAAGGACUAUGGUGAUGAGAAUUCGACGGCGACGACAAUAUGCCGGCCGAAACCGCUCCAAUUGAACAUUGAUGUUGAUAAAACGCAUCAGCGGGUUCUCAUACACUACAGGGAGUUUUGCAAAAAUCGACACAUUAUUGAGAGCGAGGUGGAAUUGAGAAAUGAUCAGGAGUUUAACAUCAACGGAAAGAAAAUGAACAAGACGACGUAUAGCCGAUUGUCGGAGAUAUUCAAAAGGGAGCUACCAUUCUUCCAUAUAUUCCUCGCCGACUCAUUCGAUGAUUAUCGGCUCGCUGAGCCCGCCGAGCAGAAGCGAAUCUGUGCAAUGGCCUAUCCGGUCAUUUGGGAGAUCGAAUCGUGCUAUUGGACGUAUCGAUUGCUCUCGAAGGAGCAUGGAAUUGAUAAAGCUCUCAAAACUGUCAGCGAAACUAUGCAGAAUAUUGUGCUUCAUCCGAUGCAUAGUUUGAUCAUGACAGAAGUGGAAUUCACGAUUCUGUUGGCUCUCAACAUUUGGGCUCCGCGAAAUCAUCGACUCAAUGGCGAAGCGGAACGAAAAGCGGAAAUGACGCGCUCGAAAUUGUUUGACGAUUUGCAUGUUUUGUAUCGGCAUGAGAUUAAAAUGGACAAUUACGCCAAGAGAAUGGGCGAUCUUAUGUGCGUUUAUACCGAUAUUCAGAGCGCUAACAUUUCCAGCAAAGUUGAGCAGAUUUUGUUUGGAGGCGUGCAGCAAUGGGUUGAGCAGUUAUAG